GUCCCACUCUCUGGCCCACCGUUUAAAGCGACGUCUCUCUGAGCCAUGCCUGCCAUUCUACCAAUGAAAGUCAUCAAAGUUGGGGCGAGCGCCCAAAGUAGAAUUGCACAGGCGUGCGACCGGUGCAGAAGCAAGAAGAUCCGGUGCGAUGGUAUCCGGCCUUGCUGUACACAAUGCGUCAAUGCGGGCUUUGAGUGUAAGACAAGCGAUAAACUCUCGCGAAGAGCAUUUCCAAGGGGGUAUACUGAGUCGUUGGAGGAGCGGGUUCGAUCGCUUGAACACGAGAUA